CAAGGUUUCACCAUGUUGGCCAGGAUGGUCUUGAUCUCUUGACCUCGUGAUCUGCCCGCCUCAGCCUCCCAAAGUGCUGGGAUUACAGGCAUGAGCCACCAUGCCCAGCUGAAAAUCUUUAUCUUUUGGUUCUAUCAUUGUACACUACAGCUACUGGUAAUAGUAUUAAGGCAUAUUUUACAAUUCAUAUUUGGAUUCGAUCACAGGGCUCACACUCUCUUAUCUCCACCUCUCACAAGUUUUGCCAUAAGACUUUUGUUGUAGUUUGAGGAACUCAACACAGCUGCAAGUAUUUCACUGGAAUCUACUAUGAUCUGUGUCACUUGAGGCACAGAGUGAGCUCAUGUCAUUCCUUGGAUGACAUGCACCCCUCCCCUAACUUAUUCCGACAUUUAAUCAUCCACGAAUUCACUCAGCUCUGGUGGGGUGGGUUCCAAUCUCAAUGGCAUCUCGCUAGUUCCCAGGUCAUGUUGCCCAUUUGCAGUGAUGAUAUUUUUAGAAAAGGUGAUUUCUUUUGUCAGGGUCUGUACCACUAUAGAAGUAGUCCUUUGAACCAGAAAUUUAAAUAGAUAAGCUACUUUAAAAAGUGUAUCUGCUGCUACUCCAAGCAGCCAGCUCAGGAACUGGCUUCUGACUUUAAAAGAUGAGUGAAAGUUGUGCCGUGGUUUCCUCUACAGAAUGUUCAGACCAGAGGGCCCUGGAAGACCAUGUCUGAAAUGCGGCUAAGGCACCACGAGGCUGAACAGAAAACCGGGGCCUUAUCUGAGAGAAGAGAAGUUGCCCCAUAGUCCAAACGCCCAGGAGGCUCCGCCCUGGCCUGCUGCCGCAUGCGUUUGCUGCAGGGCGAGAAUCUGGGGAAGACUCAAUGAAGAAAAUGUCCUGGCCAGGCCGGGAAGAGCAACACACAGAGAGCCGCAGCAGAGAGAGGGAUUGGGGGACCUGCCCUGGGAGCCACCCGGCUGAGGCUCAGGAGGGGAGCUGCAAAGCCUGAAACCUACACAACCUCUCACACACUUCAGGACACACACAACCCCUCAUGCACCUCAGGGACUCACACAACCUCUCACACACCUCAGGACACACACAACCCCUCACAUACCUCAGGAACCUACGCAAACUCUCACACACCUCAGGACACACACACACAACCUCUCACACACCUCAGGACAAACACCCACUCACACACCUCAGGACCCAAGCACAACCCCUCACACACCUCAGGACACACACACAACCCCUCACACACCUCAGGAACCCACAUAAGGAACCCACACACCUCAGGCUCAUACAAGCCCUCACACACCUCAGGAACCCACACACAACCCCUCACACACCUCAGGGUCUCACACACAAUGCUGACACACCUCAGGGUUUCAUACACAAACCCUCACACACCUCAGGACCCACACAACUCAUCACACUUCUCAGGGCACACACAAAACCCCUCACACACCUCAGGGGCCCAUACAUAACGCCUCACACACCUCAGGAGUCACGCACAAUCCUCUCACACACCUCAGGACUCACACAACCUCUCUCACACCUUAGGACCCACACACAACCAUUCACACACCUUAGGACCAACACACAACCUCUCACACACCUCAGGGACCCACACACAACCACUCACACACCUCAGGACCCACACACACCUCAUACACCUCAGGGACACACACAACCCCUCACAUACCUCAGAAACCUAUAUAAACUCUCACACACUUCAGGACAAACAUACAACCUCUCACACACCUCAGGACACACACCCACUCUCACACCUCAGGACACACACACACUCCCACAGUUAGAACGACGCACGGGGACAAAAGUGCCUUCUGUUUCCUCUUUGUAGUAUUUUCUUCAUUCAUUCAUGAUGUCGGCGUUUACUGCCUAUUGCAUGUGAGUCGCUUGCAGAACUAUCCGAGUGACACACGUCCCAAGCAGGCUCAGGUGAGCCCCAGGUGUGUGUUCUCCACACGCAGCACCAUGGAUGAGAAGGAUGGCCAGGGUUUAACAGGAACAUCGACUCUCACUUGCUCCUCAUUCUCUUCUCUAUCACAAAAAUCACACGGACAAUUCAGAUGGAGAUGCAUUUAGUGAAAUGAUGAAACUUUGAAUCCUGUCUCCUAUUUAAACUCACAUAUAUUACUUUCCCUUCAUAAAAAUGUUUUUUCUAGUAAAUAAUUUGAUAUCCAAAGAAAGUUUGUAUUUCUCCGAGAAUGUAUGCUCAGAGAAAUGAGCUCUUACUACACGUUGUGUAUUGAAGACUUGAUAUAAAACACAUGGUUUUCAUCAAUUGGGAGGAGCAGUUUGACUCUCUCCAAUGUCCUUUGUGGAUGGAUGGACUCCACUGAUGAUGAACUUCUAUAUUAGAAUUGCAGGUUUGGGGAUGUUUAAUUAUUAUCUGAGCUGAUACAGUGGUGACAUUGAGUGAGACGCUCAUGCUCCUUUAAGACAGAAAGUCCGUUGAAACCGUUUGCUGCUCUCUGGUCUCUGGAUAUGAGGCAGGAGGGCUUGGGGACAACUGUGGGGACACGGCCCAGAUGAUCCGAUCCUGGCAGAAGUGACCAUCGGGGACUAGGAUGCUGGCGGGUCAACUCGAGGCCAGGGACCCCAAGGAGGGCACCCACCCAGAGGACCCGUGCCCAGGAGCUGGGGCUGUCACGGAGAAGACAGCUGUGGCAGCCGAGGUUCUAAUGGAGGACUGCAAUGCCGGGGAGACACCACCAUUACAGCAGCAGAUCAUCAGACUCCACCAAGAGCUUGGGAGACAGAAGUCUCUGUGGGCUGAUGUUCACGGAAAACUCCGGAGUCGUAUAGAUGCUUUGAGGGAGCAGAACAUGGAGCUCCGAGAAAAGCUGAGAGCUCUGCAGCUGCAGCGGUGGAAAGCCAGGAACAAAUCUGCAGCGUCCCCACACGUGGGGCAAGAAUCGCACACUCUGGCAUUGGAACCUGCUUUUGGAAAAAUUUCACCUCUGUCAGCUGAUGAAGAGACAAUGCCCAAAUAUGUUGGCCGCAAGAAUCAGAGUGCCACUCUCCUGGGACAAAGAUCAUCAUCUAACAAUUCAGCUCCUCCAAAGCCAAUGAGUUUAAAGAUAGAAAGAAUUAACUCGUGGAAAACACCACCACAGGAAAAGAGAGAUAAAAGUCUUUCUGGGAGACGUCAAGACAGAAGAGCAACACCUACUGGAAGGCCGACUCCCUGUGUAGAGAGACGGGGGGUGUCUGAAGAUGGAAAGGUGGCCUCAGACACCUGUGUCACUCUACACGGGCUGCAUGGCAAAUUCAGAUUCAGAUAAAGUUCCACUGAGGUCUAAUAAAAGUACUCAAUUUGUUAUUCAAAA